AUGUUCAAGUCUAGAGCCAUUGCCGAUCUGCUCGCCCUCGCGACGACUACUUUACUGCUAGUUGCGCCUGCGGUCGCACAGAAGACGUCGAAGGCUCCGAAAAUCGACCCAGUAGAUAACUUCUGCAAAAGAUACCAACAACAAACUGCUAUUACAUCAGAGACACUCUUCAUCGAUGGCGGUACGAUGUGGUUCCAUGAUGAUCCCAUUGUCUGGGGCCCUACUACCCAAGGAAUCAACACUUUCUUGAUUACGACCGACAUGGAUGAUAGUUGGGAUUGGAAAGGCAACAUUUCACAGACUUCAAUCUUUAAGACGAGAGAGCCUGGAAGGAAGACCGGAUAUGUUCCAUCAUUAAAUGGUGGCGCGAUCUGGCCAAAUAGGAACGAAACCUUCCUUUACUUUUAUGGAGGAACAACAAACGCCAGUCUCAGCAAUUUUACGCUAUAUGCGGAGCCAGAGUCUGACAGGGAUACACUUUGGAGAUACAAUAUUGCCGAGAAAUUCUGGGAUCCUGUUGUCUACACCAAGGGGUCCUCACUUGUCACGAGAGCUUCCUUUGGCGGCAGCGUUGUCGCUCCCAAUAUAAACAAGGCUUACUACCUGGGAGGCGUCGUGGAUCGUGGAUCAACUGACAGGAGCGGUGACCUACAAUCACCCAGGUUCCUUGACGGGUUGCUUGAGUUUGAUUUCGAGACCGAAUCUGUUCGAAAUAUUUCCACGGCUGAACUCGGUAAUAGAGCGCGCGCAUAUUCGCAGCUAGUCUAUAUUCCCAACUAUGGGACCUUAAACUCUUCUAGUGAAGGGGAGAAGAAAGGGAUCCUAGUUUCCAUUGGUGGAGAGGUUAAGAGCAGCCGGAUCAUUGAUGUGAGCGGAACUCGAAGGGGGGACAUGGUUCAAAUGUCAGACAUCGCCCUCUUCGACAUCGAGACCGAUAGAUGGUUUGUUCAGCAGGCAACUCCACACGCUAAAGAGUUCCCGGCAGGGCGAACGGACCAUUGCAUAGUUGUCAAAAUGGCGCCGGAUAACUCGAGUGCAAACAUAUACAUGUACGGCGGUAUCACCUACGAUGAAAAUAGAACACCGAGGUAUCUUGACGAUGUCUGGAUCUUAACGCUACCUAGUUUCCAGUGGAUUAAGAUUUUCGAAGGAGAAUCGCCCCGCUAUGGCCAUACAUGCCACGUCGCUCCCAAGGGACGACAAAUGAUCACAGUUGGUGGGCUUGGUGGAUACUAUACUGCAAACUUUAACGACAGCCAGUGCGACUGGGAGGCAAAAUCUGUUGCCCUUUACGAUCUUACAACAUUACAAUGGAGCAGCACGUAUCUCGCACACAGUGAACCUUAUGGGCUCCCUGUCGAAGUCGCCCAAAAGGUCAACGGAAACCAAACCGGUAAUGCAACCAUUAUUUCGCCUCCCGGUGAUUGGUCGAAUCCCGAUAUCAAAGCAUUAUUUGUCGAAGUACCAAGAACCGAGCCGAAGAAAUCCGUCAACACCGGGGCUAUUGCCGGUGGGGUCGUUGGCGGUGUCGUUGGUCUAGGACUUAUCAUUGCUGGAAUUUGGUACUACUACAGGAGAAAUAUCAAGAAACACCCCACACCAAAUCCACCACUUCCGGAAGCUCAGCAAUGGAACAAACCCGAACUUGAGGGACCGGUUAGCCCUGGAUUGUCGCCCCAGAGCGAGACUGGCCCCAAAGGUAUCUUCGAAAUCGGUGAUACGGUCAGAGUACCCGAUGCAGUUGAAACGAAGGGCAAGGAGAUCCCAUCCGAGUUGCCCUGA